CGCUCCCACAUGACAAACCUUCAGAGCGUCGGGAAAGCUGGAAGGGAGAACUGGCGCUUUAGGGGCCACCGCUGACUAUUUCAUUCCUGCAUUUUUACCUGCAGCUCAGUGCGGCUCGGUGUGGCUCCAACAACUUCACCAACUGUCCCGCUGCGUAGUUCCUCAGACCACUGUGGCAGGGACGCUCCCAUAAAUUCACCCCUUUCCCCAACUCAACUUAAUAGAGAUGUUAGAUAGCGCACAGCAUCAUUGCACCGAAUGUCCACAUAGUACUGAAGCCUCUGUAGGACGGAUAUAGAACCUGCAUGUCAGGAGAGACUCUUUUUCUGCCUCUUGUCGUACUUUUUGCUCGCUUUGACACACAACACAGAAGGGUGAGAGGUCGUUUAUGUGUGCGUGUGUGUGAGCGUGUGCAGGAGAGACAGACAUUGCACACUUUUUUUUUCUCUCUUUUGGAGCUACGCUUUCAUGCCGUCAGUCUUGCGCUCUUUGAGAUGGACGUCAGAUUUUAUCCAGCUCCCCCUUCCAGCGUGGGUUCCUGUACGUUACCGACCGAUUCCGGGCUGGACUAUUACCAUUCCAACAAGAACAGAUACCCUGCCGGAGAUAGAGGCGUGAGGCUCUACAGUUCCCUGCCCAUGCGCCCAAACCCUGAUGGCAAGAGGCUGCCCUCUACUGGGUUUGAUGGUGAAAACAUGUACAUGAAUGAAAACAACCACGAGUUCCUCCCACCUAACCAUAGCUACACGGGUCAGACAGGAGGCAGCGGGGGAGGAGGUGGAGGUGGCGGUACCUCCAGUGGAAACGGGACCGGAGACGAAGACUAUGAGAUCCCGCCGAUUACUCCACCCAACCACCCCGAGCCACCUCUUCUUCACCUGAUGGAGCAUGACUCUACGGGCUACCUCUGUCAUUCGUUGCCACACAAUGGCCUCAUCAACCCGUACUCCUACACUGAGCUGCCAACGCUUAUGAUGUCCAACAUGUUGGCGCAGGAGAGCCACCUUGUCUCCAGUCAAAUGCCCUCGAUGCAGGAGAUGGCUAUGCACCACCACCACCAACAGCAACACCAUCACCAGCACCCUGACGCCGCUCAUUAUGAUCCUGCCCGUAACCACCACAUGAUAAACAGCUCACCUCCGAUACUGCCCAAUCCCAUGAGUGCACUGUCUCAGCUAAACCCUCAGGUCAGCCGGAGCGCACUGCCUCAUGGUUCCCCCUCGCCUCCUGGGAGUAAAUCAGCCACACCCUCCCCUUCAAGCUCCAAUCAGGAAGAGGAGACAGAUCCUCAUUCGAAGAUUGCCUUCCAGAUAACUGGUGAAAAACGACCAUCUUCUGAGAUGAUGAAACCCAAGCCCAAGCCCCAGAAGAAGAAGAAGAAGAAGGACCCUAAUGAGCCAACUAAGCCCGUGUCGGCCUAUGCCUUGUUCUUCAGAGACACCCAGGCAGCCAUCAAAGGACAGAAUCCAAACGCAACCUUUGGAGAUGUCUCCAAAAUAGUUGCCUCCAUGUGGGACGGACUUGGAGAGGAGCAGAAACAGAGCUACAAGAGGAAAACAGAGGCUGCUAAGAAGGAGUACCUGAAAGCCCUGGCCGCCUACAGAGCCAGUCUGGUUUCCAAGACAUAUAACGACCCUGGGGAGACUAAAACUGCCCAAACAAGUCAGGCUUCUCCUCAUAUGAUGCCAACCAACUCGCUGUACAGCGUGCCACCUCCCCCACAGCCGUCAUCGCCAUACCUAGGACCGGGGGCCUUCCCUCUUACCGACCUGCAGAGCUACGCAGGACACGCCCCUCGCCACACUCUGUCACAGACGCUCAGCCAGUCGCCGAUGCUGCCCAGCAUUAGUGCCUCUCCCCCUUCCUCCUUCCAGAUCAGCCCACCACUUCACCCACACCAGCAGCUCUCUCUGCACCAGAGCUCGCUCCUCAACCAACCCAUCCGCAUGCAGCAGGUCCAGUCUCAGCCAAUCAUCUCCCACCAGAUGGGGCUACAGGCCUCUCUUCACUCUCCACCUCCAGGGCAGCAGGGUUUUUCUCACCUCCAGUCAGAGUACCAGAAGAGUAUUGGAGGUUCCCAGUCUCCAGGAGCUCCUGGCUCUGGGCCAGGUCCUGGAGUGGCUCAGAACCACGAGUGGGAUGGAGAAUACUGCAAUCGGGAGUGUGGCAACCACUGCAGUGGAAGCAUGAUAGGCAGGGACAAGCCCCUCUACCUCACCUGAAACUGAAGAUUAUCCUCUGCUGACAAAUGAUGACAUCGAGGAGUCGACCCGCUCUGUUUUCCUCACCCAGCCCCAACCUUCUCCCUCUUACAUCCAGUGUACCUUGACAUACAGCCAGAUACAUAAACAAACACAUUCAGAUUCCUAUAAACUGUCACCGACAACGUUUUUGUUUUUCAUAAUUAAUGUAAUCAUUAUUUUUCGCAGUUUCUAGAAUUUGUGAGCAGUUUUUUGACUAGAUGACUACUGUCUGUACAACUUAUUGUAUUAAUGGUCUUCUUGCUGUUUAAAUUUGCCAAGCACUUAUAAAGCCUCCCCUCCCUCUUCCUCCCUGCCCUCGCUCAUCACCUCCUCAGUUAUAUGUCUGAGCCUUCACCGACGUGGGCUGUGGAGCGCCCCUCUUGUGUGCCACCAUCAAAACGAACCGCUAGGGAUCCCAUCCAGCUUUAAGUAGAAUAAGAAAAAACAUGUUUUUCCUUUUUCCACCCAUUUUGUAGUUUCAUUUCCUUUUUGUUGAUGUUUCUGUCUUAUUUAUUUCAAGCUGGCUAUUUUUUUUUUUCCGUCUUCUUUUUUUUCAUUCUGUUUCUAGUAAGCAAUGGGCCCUGUAUCAUAGAGAAAUAUUAACUCCUAGUAUGUUGAGCAUAGGCCUUGAUGUUAUGGUAGCUGUGCUUACGGGCGACAGAUUAAAAGCUUGGUGGGGAAUAGGACAGAAAAAACGAAGAAAAUCUUUUUUAUUAUUAAUAAAGACCUGUAGAGGUCUACUGAGCUGUCACAGUGUGAUUGUAAAUAUCACUUUUGUGGAAUU